AUGGACAUCUUUCGGCUCUCGGACGACGGGAGGGGGCUGCUGGGACAGUUAAGCCUGCCUGGGGUGCUCGAAGCUAGCGUUAUUCUUACGGGAAGCAGAAAGGUUCUCGAAGACCUGAUAUCGCAAUUCGAAGGGAACGAUGAAGAGGCUGAAGCCUCUGAUAAUCCCGAUGAGAAUGAUGGCUCGGGCUCAGAAAACAAAAUCAGCAAGGUUGAGACGAAAGGAGAGGGCAUCGAUAAGAAGGAGGAGGAAGCCAACGAAGAAAUAGAAGAAGAGGAAGAGGACGACGACGAAGAGAGCGAGGUCGAGGAGCAGAAGCGAUUCAAAAACUUCGAGAAAAACAGCUUCCGCUCUCCAAAAUUCUGGUUCCAAUGGAAUGGGGACGUCACACCUACCGCGACCUCCUCUUUAGACCAUCAGACGUCACCGACACCUAUUCGGGAGACUGGAAGAGGCUACGUUGUGUUCUCUGGAAACGACUGCCGAUCUUUUAAGGGAACCAUCAGCUGCGACUCACUAGGUUGGAAAGACGUCUCAAUAUCUGGAUGGAAGGAAGUUUCCAUGAGCGAGAGGGACGUCCCCUUCGUCUGGAAGUAA